UCAAGCAAGAAUGAUCAUUGGACUUUGUCAGUGUCUAUUUAAGAAAUUUGUGGCGUUUCCUCUUUUUUACCACAAAUGGUUUCAUCGAAUCAACAAAGCUGUUAUCCAUGAGAUGUUGUCGGGUUAUUUUGACUUGCGACGUGUUGCACUUGACUUCUGACAUCGUGGGCUCCCUGUGUUAUAAUCCAAAAAUCAAAAUGGCGAACGAUCRAUAUUUGAAAGCCUACGCUGGCAAUGAAAACUGGUGGAAUCCAAGUGGUUUGAUUCACACUGCUUUACUAGCUUCCGUUUAUAUAUUCUUUGCAUGUUCGAGGACGUUUCUGAUUAAAUUUUCAAUUCGUGGAGAAGGGUAUGACUAUCUACCAGUAACUGUUAAUGUCAUGGCAGAACUCUGUAAAUUUGUUGUGUGUCUGGUGUUGGCUAUUUAUGUUCUCAUCUUUCAAGAGGGUAAACCAUUCAAGGAAGCUUUUCAUCCGUCGCAUGUCAAGUGGAAGGAGUUCUUUAAAUGGUCUGUGCCAGGACUUCUCUAUUUCUUUGAUAAUUUAUUGGGUUUUUACAUCUUGGUUCAUCUUCCUCCAGCUGUCUACAGCUUGAUGGGUAACUUUGUCAUUAUCACAACAGCUGUGCUAUUCAGGAUAGUUCUACGGAGACCAUUGUCCAAAAUCCAGUGGGCAUCAUUGGUGAUUUUAUUCCUCUCAAUUAUGUCCUUAUCGAACAUGAAUCAGACUGACCAUCAUCAUCAUCAUCAUCAUCAUCAUCAUCAAGUCAUCUUUCAUCAAAAUCAAAAUCAAAACUCACCAUAUCAACAUAAAGCUGUCACAUACAACUCUACAGUGGAGGCUCCACCUAUAAUCUCAAAGUUCUACAUCAAUGAAGGUCAUAUCUUGGUUCUAGUGCAGUGUGCACUGUCUUCACUUGCCAACAUUUACAAUGAAAAAAUAUUCAAAGAAGAUGAUGGCAUGAAACAGAGUAUUUAUGUUCAGAACAGCAAACUCUAUUUUUUUGGGAUAAUCUUCAACUUCUUCACUCUCGUAAUCAAGCCAGACUUUCAUAGACAUUUGUUUGAAUGUGGUUUCUUUAGUGGAUAUAACAUUCAAUCAACAAUUCUCAUUUUUGUUACUGCUUUCUUUGGCCUCGUGGUUGCACUUAUUUUAAAGUUCAGGGACAAUAUGUUCCAAGUCAUGUCAUUUCAGCUUUCAAAUGUAUUCAUUAUYACUUCAUCCGUUCUGUUUUUUGACUUUCAUCCUACUUUAGAGUUUUUUCUUGUUGCACCUAUAGUUUUGCUGGCAAUAUUUAUCUUCAAUGCAGGAAAGAAUGGUAACACUUUGAGACAAAAUGAUCAAGAUAAUGGAUACACUUACUUCCCAUUAGCAACAAAAUAACACAGUUUCUCAGUAAAUUAGUUUUUUUUGUAGAAAGAAUAUUAUUAUUACAAUUACAAAGUAAAACAAUUUUAAUUUAUAUUAUAAUAUAUAUUUUUGUCUUUUAGUUACAUUUCUGUGAAUUUCGCCUUUGAAAGGCAUUGAAUAWUAAAUGGUUUAUUCAACAAACACAUUAAAUUAUUUGUAUUAAGUAUAUAUUUGCACUUUUCACCCUAUUCCAUCCCUAAACAUGAAAUUUUCCUCUGUAAAAAAUGGUACCAUAAUCUGACAUUUAGAAGUUUGCUCUUUGCCAAGUUAACAAAAUUUUACCAUUAGAUAAUAUGUAGUCAUUUUCAUUUUAUAAACAAUUAAGAUUACAAAGGUGACUGUAUAAUAGUGUCCAAUUAUUGUAAACAUUUUUUUCUACUGAAACAGGACACGGCUGACAUGAUAAAACUACAUGACAAUUACUUUUUACAUAUUAUUAGGUAAGUACURUUGAAGAUUAACAAAUCUUAUUUUUUGUUUUUGUUUCACAUUUCUAAAAUAUCCAAUAUCCAUCACCCAUGUUUUUAUCCUAUCUAGUAUCUAAAUACAAUUUUAAAACUGUAUUUUGUAUAUAUAUUUGAAAUUCAAAUUUCAAUAGAAAAUUCUUUAUUAUAUAUGUUAGGAUUAUUUAAAUAAUUCUUAUAGUGUUUGGUUAGAGCUGUUUGCAGAAGCCCGUGAAACYUAAUACUGUACUAGCUGUUAACUAAAAGUGCAAUAAAAUAAUGAGUGAUAA